GGUAGACAAUAGCAGUCAGUUCCACUCCAAGUCCCCCCUCCCUCGAUCACAUAUCACAUUGCACAGACAACAACAAAAGAUAGGUACCCUGGGUUAGACCCAUUGCUGCGUUCCACCACGACGCAUCUCAACACCGCAAAACCGCAACACCGCAGCAUCACAGCAUCACAGCAUCACAGCGCUGUACGAGAGACACUAUACGAGCUUGCCCGCGCGCCGAUGCAGUCUCUUAUAGGCCACGUGUGAUUGAUCUAAUUGCCACGCUGACUUACCCGUAACGACAAAUCGAAAAGCCCACCACCACAGUGGCUUUCCGUACAGCACAAAUACCGAGGCUUUCGCUGACACAGGUCCUUUGUAUACCAUACCUGAAUAUUGAAUAUCAACACCACAUAGACGUACAAGGAAGGACCCGUACCAACUUUGAAAUCACCAGGGUAUGUAGAGACGACAGACAGGCAGACAAACAGAACCGAGACGCUGAAGCAGAACAAACAAACAAGCAACGAUCAACUACCUACUCCCAUUAGCUAUUGCGUUUUGACAUUUCCACCCAACCUCUGUCUGUUAUUUCUACCACCUUCACCUUCCCUGAGGUCCGGGCCCUUCUCCGCCCCACCAAUCAACACCAUGUCUUCUUCUACAGACGCCCCGCCUUCUAAGCUCAGGGAGCAACAAGACCUGGGCAUGGGCAUGGACAUCAACGACGGCGACGGUCACGACAACACCGGCAACCACAGUGACGAUGCAAUCGACGACACCGAGGACUUGUCUGACGAUGACGCCAACGCCCAAAAACGCAUCAGCUGUGAGCGUCGCCGACCGCAACCCCGCGGCAUCAAGGAUCUCUUGCCUUUUCCCUUCUCACCCUUAAUUCGCCCGCUCACCAUUUCCGACCUCGAGAGCUGCGUCGCCCUCGAGAAUGCCGCCUUCGCCAAUCCUGCCUAUCGCUGUUCGCGAGACAAGUUUAUAUAUCGAUUGACAACAUGUCCUGAGCUUUGCAUGGGAUUAUUCUGCACUGUCGUACCGUCAAAAGCUCAGGGAUGGGAGAUUGACACGCUGCACACGGCUCAUGCCGUGGAGACGGGCCGCGACGACGCUGCCGUGAGCGUUUUACUGGCGCACAUAAUCGCCACGCGUUCGCACGGCGCUGUUGUCACCGAUGAUUCCAUGGACUAUCCCCAGGGCGGCAGGACGACUAAGAGCAACGACGACUCCAAAGUCGGCCACCAGGAUUUCGGCAGGACUGUUUGCAUCCACUCGCUGGCGGUACAUCCCAAAUUGCAAGGCGUCGGCAUGGGCAAUCUCAUCCUCAAGUCGUAUAUGCAGCAAGUCAAGCACGCUGAUAUCGCCGACCGUAUCGCUCUCAUCUGUCAAGAGUACCUGGUCAACUAUUACAAGCGAUGGGGCUUCUGCCACAACGGCCCCAGCGAAGCCAAGUUAGGUGGUGGUAACUGGCAUGACAUGGUGCUUGAUUUAGGUUGCGCCUUCCCCGAGGGGCCAGCUCAUAUAAGCGACGUUGUGCCCGAAUUUGCAGACCACAUAUAUUAAUGUGUCUGUCGAACAUGAGUUCGGGCCCGCAGCUCAGCUUUAAUCCUACUCCUGCGCAAUCCGUAAGGACCAGCUGAUACAACGAUGAGUUUGCGACACCCCUUUUUUUGACAAGCGGAAGGCCAACUGUCUUGAGACCCAAGAUCUAUCUUGAAAAUUUAGGCAGAGGCGCAUGACGGCCACAAAAGAAAUGCAUCUACUUGCUUUCGGCCGAGGCUUUUCUUUUCGCUAUAGACGUAUGUUACAAGGUUUGGCGUUUCACAUAGACAUGGACGGAUCGGGAGUGUAUGAGGAACAGAUAUACACGGCCAUACAGGCUACAAAUCAGCAUUUUGGCCUUUGCAAUUCUAUAGAUGGAUGGUGUUGGACUGGAUGGAUAAAUGGACUGCUGCAUAGCAUCUAGACAAUGGAUAGUGUAGCCCAAUUGAUCAGUUGGCCGGGGCAUAUAUUUACCGUCUAUCUAAUGCAUGGACAUAACAGCUCACUGUCCGCACACUCGAGGAAUCUUGUUGCAUUGCUAGCAGCACAGAGAUACAAAUCAUACCGUUUGAUCACGAAUGAUAGCAUAUGAAGCGGGUUCGUCUUCAUGGACAAGAGCAUCAU